AUGUCCAUGAAACCUAAAAUCAAAGCUUUUUUUGGCUCCAAUAGACAUUAUGUUGUUAGUGGGGCCUCUAACAAUCCAGGAAAGUUUGGGUUUAAGAUAUUACUGUGGUAUGUCAGCCACGGUCUACCAGUGAUCCCAGUUAACCCAAAAGAAAGCGAAAUAUUAGCACAGCCAGUAGUGAAGAGUGUUCCGGAUGUUGUUCAAGCUGCUGUUUCCAAGAAGGACAUCAAUGCUUAUAAACUUGGUGAUUAUGAUGGUAUCAGUAUUUCAUUUUUAACUCCUCCAGGCGUUACUGCUACAACUUUGAAGGAAAUAACUAUGGUAAAGGGAUUCAAGGACGUAAUUAAAGGAUUAUGGUUCCAACCUGGUAGCUAUGAUGAAGAGGUUUUGAAAAUUGCUGAAAAGAUCGGAGUUUUUGAUCACGUAGUUUAUGAAGAUGAAUGCAUUUUGGUUAGAGGUGAAGAAGGUCUAUACAGUGCCAAUUUAUAAUCAGAGUACUUUUAUAUGUAUUU